UGUUUGGUAACGGAAUGUUUCUUGUCUAGUUUGUCUAUCACUCAAAAAUCACAAAAAGCGUGAUUUGAAGGAAUUUUUGUGAACAAAAUAAAAUAUUUUACUCGUGUAACUCGAAAAGCACCGCCAAUAGGGCACCAGCUCCGUAUUUUUUCAGUUACAAAGUGUUAGAUAUUUAAAAGGCAUGAUGGUGGAAGGCUCUGCAUUUACCCGAACCGAUGUGUUCCAAAUGGCAAUACGGGUCUGCUUCGUGUCUGCCGUCACUUAUUUCUCGAUCAAAUGGCUCGUCAACCAGAUAGACCCGACGUCGAAGAGCCGGAAGAAGGCUGAGGAGCGUGCACGGGAACAGUUACGCAAGGUGUCUUCCAGAGCGGGGCUCGGCAGCAAGCACGCCAUCCAGUUGGACAAGCUCACCGACCACGAGAUGAUCAUCGCCUCGCAGCUGGUGGUGCCCGAUGAGAUCAAUGUGAACUGGAAGGACAUCGCGGGCCUGGACGCCCUCAUCCAAGAGCUCCGGGAGACUGUGAUCCUGCCCAUUCAGAAGCGAGAUCUGUUCGCUGACAGCCGCCUCACGCAGCCCCCCAAAGGGGUACUGCUCCAUGGACCACCAGGAUGCGGCAAGACCCUGAUAGCUAAAGCAACAGCGAAGGAGGCCAAUAUGAGUUUCAUCAACCUCGACGUGUCGCUGCUAACCGACAAGUGGUACGGCGAGACGCAGAAACUGGCCGCUGCCGUCUUCAGCCUUGCUGUCAAACUACAACCUUGCAUCGUCUUUAUAGAUGAAAUAGAGUCGUUCCUCCGUACUCGCACGCAGCACGACCACGAGGCGACGGCCAUGAUGAAAACACAGUUCAUGUCGCUCUGGGACGGACUUAUCACUGACAACAACUGCACUGUCAUCAUCAUGGGGGCGACCAACCGACCACAGGACUUAGACAAGGCCAUUCAGCGUCGCAUGCCGGCUGCCUUCCACGUGCCUAUGCCUAAUGAGUCACAGCGGGAGACGAUCCUCAAGUUGAUCCUUCGAGAUGAACCAGUGGCGCCCUCUAUCGACUUCCGCCGCCUAGCCGCAGCGACGGAAGGUUUCUCCGGCUCUGACCUCCAUGAGCUGUGUCGCCAGGCCGCCGUAUAUAGAGUCCGGGAUCUAGCCAGGGAAGAGAUGGCCAAGGAUGAAUCUGAGAAAUCCGGCAAAUCCGAGGAAGACUCUGACUCCGAAUACCACGACGCGAUCCGGCCGAUCACCAUGGAGGACCUUCGCCUCUCCCUCACCAAGCUUAAGGAGGCCAAGAUACAGUGCGGAGCGCUGCCCCCUAGCAUGCGGAUAGAGUUGGACUAGAACUGUUCGUGCACUGUACUUUGCUGGCUGCUGUCAACUGUCAAUAUUAGAUUAGACAUAGAGGCUUCUAACUGUGAAGUUAACUUGAACGGAGUGAGUUUUGUUAACAGGUAUUUAUGUAGUUAUACUAACACGAUCCUGAAGCCAUAUUUUUAACAUAACGUCAAAUGAUGGCCGAGUUUUUAUCACUUAUCGCCAUGGAUUAAGAUUUGUCAAGGUCAUAAAUGUUAACAUUUUCUUAAUUCAGUGAAACAAGAGAAGACCGUGACUGUAAAGCGCUUGAGUGAUAUCGUUUUUUAUCCACAGCGAUAAAUUAUUGGCCACGCAGCGUGAUAAAUCAUGAGUUAAAUAUGGCAAUGAUGGGAACAACUUGAAAGGAAUGUCGCCCACAAUGUUAACUGUCCAUCGGUGGACCUUAUUACAAAAGGCAUAAGGCCCAACGAUGGACAGUUCAGAGUGCUGCUGUUUGUACUUUGCAGUAAAGCACAUAAAAUAAGGGGUCAUCCAUUAAUUACGUCACACUAAUUUCUAGGUUUUUUGACCCCUCCCCCCCCUUGUCACACUUGGUCACAUUUGGCAAACCCCUCCCCCCCUAGUGUGACGUCACAUUUUUUCUACGAAAUCGCCAAAUCGAAUUAAGUAAGUACCUACCUAAGUAAAAAAUAUUUUUGACGAUAUAAAUAUUAGUAAUUUUAUAACCCAAAACUGCUUAGGAAAGAAAAUUAAACGAUUAAAAACUAUUUUCGUUUUAAAAACUUGUUAUUUAAAUGUACAGCGAACUAAAUAAUUUAAAUAAAUUUUCGGUUACUGAUGAAGUUAAAGUGACGUCACAAAGUUUGUGUCUCCCCCCUCCCCCAUGUCACAAUAUGUCACAUUUUCUUGACCCCCUCCCUCCCCCUAAACGUGUGACGUAAUUAAUGGAUGACCCCUAAAUUCUAUAAUAUUUUGUGCUUCAAAGACUAUUAUGUGGAUAUAAAAAGUUGUUAACUUAGUAGGAUUGGUAGACAUUUUGUGAGCGUUUUUUUUAUUUUUUGCCAAUUUUAUAUAUCACAUAUAUUUAUAUGCCACUUGUCCUUUUCAUCCUUACAGGAGAAAGUGUCCUAAAAUUUCCCUACAUUUUUCAAACUUUCCUUUUUGUUACCGCCAUACUAUGGGGAAAUGGUAACACAAUAGGAAAAAAACUCUGGGUUAUUUAUUUAACCAAUUAGGAUCGAAAGAGUUCGUGAUUCUGAGUAGAAAUAACACAAAAGUGGCAAAAAAGGUCACAAUAUAUAAAAAACCGGGCAAGUGCGAGUCGGACUCGCGCACGAAGGGUUCCGUACCAUAAUGCAAAAAAAAAAAACAAAAAAAAAAGCGAAAACAAAACGGUCACCCAUCCAAGUACUGACCACUCCCGACGUUGCUUAACUUUGGUCAAAAAUCACGUUUGUUGUAUGGGAGCCCCAUUUAAAUCUUUAUUAUAUUCUGUUUUUAGUAUUUGUUGUUAUAGCGGCAACAGAAAUACAUCAUCUGUGAAAAUUUCAACUGUCUAGCUAUCACGGUUCGUGAGAUACAGCCCGGUGACAGACGGACGGACGGACGGACGGACGGACGGACAGCGAAGUCUUAGUAAUAGGGUCCCGUUUUACCCUUUGGGUACGGAACCCUAAAAAUGGCAAAAAAUAAAAGAAACGCUCUUGUAGUGAUGUCAUAAAACCAUGUAUUAAUUGUGUUUUAUACCUCCAAUACAGUAAGGGCAAGCUUGAUUGCCCAAAACAAAGCUUUAUUCGCAAGAUGUUCAUAUUUGUGAGUAGUGUUGUUGUCCGUUCUAUUUCCGAGAUGUUGUGAACUAGUAGAAAAAAAGUCAGGUAAAAUAGUUCAUAUUACAAUAAAAUAGAUGUGUCAUUUUGACAUCUUCUGUGUGUUGAAAGCUGCAUGUAUCAGUGAUAAAUUGAUAAUUAUGAAUAUUAUUAGUUCAUAAAAAUUACUCGAUAGCAUAGAUAUAAUAGUGGCUUGGCGUCUAUUUGUUAGCCUUUAGGCGUCAUGUAUAUUAAUGUAAUUAAUAUUACAAUACGAUUGCCUUUAGCAAUAUUGUAUGCGAUUUUUGUGCAAUAAUAUUAAUUAGCAAUAUCAAGUUGUAGCUUUUUGCAAUAACAGUUGUUAGGUUUAUAGACGCCAUGCCAUUAUUCAUUGGAGUUUUGGUGAUUUUAAAAAGUUACCAGUGAUCAACCAUAGAUAUUAUGUAGAUAAAUAAAUAACACCCUUUUGAAUAAACUAUCAUAAAGUAAUUUAAACGACGAUGAAUCUUGUGAAUGUUUUUGUAACUGGGUUACCGUCACGCCAUUUGAUGCUAUUCUAGUUCAGUAUAGUUCAGACAUCAUUAGGUAGUUCAUUUCAGAGCAUUACUUAAAAUUGCUUCUUUCUUGAAUUGUGAAAUAUCCAGUGAACUUCUUGAAUUUCUUGUCAAAAUCACUGUUUCGAUCCUAAUAGCAAAAAAUUAUGUCCCAAUAUUUAUUUCCUGUAGUGUUACUUUAAUUCAAUACAGUUUGUAUGGCGGUAACACAAAGGAAAGUUUCAAAAUGUAUGAACAAUUUGGACCUCUUUUUGCCUAUUGGGAUAGAAAGAGCUACAAAUAGGAAUUGUUUUUUUUGAGAAAUUCUCUAUAAUCUCGUUUCGAUAAAAAAUUGUUAGCACUGCAGCAUAAUAUUUGGACCUUAUCGUCUUAUCUUUAAAGUAGAAAUUCGAUUGAAAGCCAAGUCAGCUUUUGGGCUUUUGUAUACACGCUUCCAGCAAUAAUUAUAGAUUUUAGAUUAGUUUAGCUUCGAAUUUAUUUUGAAUCAAAGGUUUGUGCUAAAAACGAACCUUAUUAUGUGUUACUUAGGUGCAUUUUGGCUUGUUAUGUGUUAACUUAUUGCUAGCCUAGUGUUUUUAAAUCAGACAAUACUUUAGGAAUGGGCAUUUUGAAUGUAUUUCUUUUCGCUAGAGUUAUUUGUACUAAAAUAUGUUUAUGUAUUAUGUUUUUUGUAUAAAAGUUUGAAAUAUAUAUACAGAUAUUAUGUAUAAUAAGUAUGUACAUUUUAAUUAAACUCAAUCUAUAUUGUAACUCACAUGAUUUACUAUUUUAACAUUUUAGGGUCCCGUAGCUAAAUUGGAAAAACGGAACUAAUAGAUUCCAAGAUAACAAAGGGUUUUUGUAUAACUCAACAAGAAAAAUAUAUUUACUGGUUAAUAAAGUGCAUUAUAUUUUAAAAUAUAAAUGGAUAUAUUGACCCACCUAUUUAUUAAACAGUUUAAAAUAAUAAAUAUCAACUAAAGUGACCUGAAAAAUUGAAAAUAUAAAUUGUUAAAAUUAUAACAAGUUAAAUUUAAAGAAGUUUUACUUAAAUUAAAGUGUUAUUCUGAGCUCUAUUGUAUAUAAGCUUUGUUGAGGGUAUAUUUAAAUUGAAACUGUAAAAAUACGCUUGAAAUUUCAGUUACGCUGCAGGCAGUGUUUUUCGAAUUAUUUUUGUAAGUGAGAACUUGUUGUUAGUUAUUUUAAACUUCUAUAAAAAUGCCAUACCGGGUGUGGACUAUAACACGAGCAAAUAAUUAAAACAUAGAUUGUACUCCUCAAACGGUGACACUUUUGUUCAAUAACUUUUAAAAAUUAUGAAGUAUUUAGACUCCCUAUUUUUCAUACAAAAUAAAUAUCAUCUUCAAUGGACGCCAUCGCCACGCCAUAUCAUUGUGACUGACGUUGCUUGUCACGCCUUAAAUAUAACAAAAUUCGCAAUACAUUGCGUCUUAGAAUAAACUUUAAAGUGUAUUAAAAAUCAAACCACAUGUUAUUUUUAAAAGUCGCUGAACAAAUGUUGGUCAGUAUGAGGAGUACAGCAUACAGUUUAAUUUUUUGCUCAUAUUACAGGCCCCACCCGGUAUAAAUAACACUUGCACUGAGUAUGCUAUCAAAAUCGUUUUUCGUGGUGUAACUCUACUUUUGUUACCAAUCCACCGUUUGAAUGUAUCACUUGUAAUGUUGUUAGGAUCCUUGUUUUAGCGUUUGCCAAUAUCGCCAUGAAUUUAAAUUGAAAAUGUAAAGGCACUUGGAUUUACUAAAUUGUCUAUGUCGGUUUUUCAACAUUUCGAGUAAAGCAAUGUCUUGCCGCAUCGAAAUUGGUCCAUCCAAACAGACAUUGGCGUCAAACAUACUUAUCACACCGUCUUUGUGCGUUGGCGGUUAUAACGGUCAUAUUCAAGCAAUCGUUUGUAUAUAAGCUUUCUUGUAUAUUGCGUGCAUUUUAUUUAUACUUUUGUAGUGAAAUACAAUAUUACGAUUUUUUAAAUAAAUAGGUUAGGUGUAUUCGGAUAGUUCCAAAAAUGAACUUUAACGUGAUGGAAUUAUGAGUAAUAUACGAACUUAUCCCACGUAAUUAAGUAAUCGAAAUUACCCGAAUACACCUAAUAGCGUGUCCCUUAAAAGGAUUAUUAAAGUCGCAAUAUUAUAGGGGUGUAGGCUGUGCUUUGAAAUUGUUAAGUUAUUUAAAUGGUUUGAAAGCAUAAUUUAAAUUAAUGAGUUGCACAAUUUUGUGUGAUCCAAUUGUUAAUUUCUAUAUGAAAAUGUUUUUAUUAGUUGCCCUAUUAGACUAAGAAUGCUGUACAGUCAGCAGCAGAAGUGGCUAAGCGGGCGAGAUGUUCAAAAAUACCUUGACACGCUCUUAUUCUCCUAACAAUAAAGUUGGGUCCAGAUCAUUUUGAACACAUGGCCCGCUUAGCAACUUCUGCUGCUGACUGUACCAAUGUGGGAGUCCACUAUUAUAUGUAGGUAUGUAAAAAGGGUUUUUGUGAGUCAAAAUCAUACAUAGUUUUUUUUUUAAAAAAAUUAAUUCUUAAAAAUAAAAGAAUAACAUCACUCCUACUCAAAAUCGCACCGAAAAAUCAACUAUAUGUUGCUCAAUAAAAGCAUUCCUUUGCUUUUUUAUUCGUAUUUCAAUCGUGAGUUACUUGUGAUUGGCUAUUUUUUAUUAUUUGUUAUAAGUAUAAUUUAAACAGCCUGAAUUAAAAAAAAAUACCUAUUGUAUGUUAAAUCUAAAUUAUUGUGUCAAACACAAAUAUCAUGUUGAGCAAUAUGAUGGUUCGAAAUCGAGCUUUCUGUAAUUGGUUAUCUUAUUAUCUACAAAGUUACAUGUUACGAAUUAUUGGCUAUGUACACGAUUGCAGCGCUCGGCUGGCGCUUUUGGGGUGUAUUCAAUAUUUAGCAGUUUAAUGUCAAAUAAUAUAAAUAUAUGGGCCUACGAAUGUUCACAUUUUUGCCACGCUGUUGCGUUUGCCACACAAAGCCAAUAGGAGUAAGGUGUAGGAAUCAUAAAAUAGUGUAAAAUAUGUGACCACUUCUCAAAUGUAGUGAAAUAACAAUCUUUGUUAUCGUUGAUUUGUGCGCAAAUAUUUAUUGUGUAAAUAAAAGCAAUUAUGAAUGGAUAA